ACAACAAAUACAAAAUUCAAUGAUUCGAUUUUGUUCGAAUUGUCAUCAUCAUCAUCAUCAUCAUCAUCAAUGAAUUCGAUAUUUCAUUAAGAACAUGUAUCCACAAGUGCUAAUUUUUUGAUUCGACUAUCAUUUUCUUCUUGAUAUUAAAACAAUUUAUUUAUUUGGACUUUUUUUUUGUUCGAAAUAAAGUGUUCAAAAAAAAAAAAAAUUGUGAUCCUGAAUAUAUUUCAACAAACGACAAUCAUCAACGAAUAAUCACGAAAAACAAAACAAACAAAAAAAAAUGGCCUCAUCGUCGACGCCACCCACAACUCUUGACAAUUAUCUACCAUUACUUUCAAGUCAAGAUACAAAGAAAAAAUUACAAAUUGGUAUCGAUUUAUUAAAUUAUUUAAACAUUGAAGACAAUACAAUUGAAUGUGAACAUAUUGGUGCAUUUAUUGAUUCAAUCAUUCAUUGGUUAAAUAAUAGUAAUUUUAAGGUUGCCCAAAGUGGUUUAGAAAUCUUGGCACAUUUAGCCAUUCGUAUGAAAGAAGAUUUAAAACCAUAUUUAUCAUCAAUUCUUGGACCGACUGUAGAUCGUCUUGGUGAUUCAAAAGAAUGUGUACGUGAACAAGCCAAAACAUUGCUCAUUAAAUUGAUGAGUUUUGUUUCAACACCACAGAUAAUAUUGGAAAAAUUAAUGCCAGCAUUCACGCAUAAAAAUUAUAAAGUUCGUGAAGAAAUUUGUCUAUUUUUUCAAGAAUGUUUACUACGUUAUGGUGUGUUUGGAUCUACAAAUGGCCAAUUAUAUGUGUCAAAAUUUAUUUCACCAUUAAUAAAUUUAAUGUCUGAUCCAAAUUCUCAAGUACGUGAUACAUCGAUGACAACAUUGGUUUCUGUAUAUAAACAUGUUGGUGAUCGAUUAAGAAAUGAAAUAUUACGGAAAUAUUCGAAUCAAAUGCCUGCACAAAAGUUACAUACUUUAUUGGGUAAAUUUGACGACAUUGCCAAUACAGGCGAAUCCAUUUCAUUGAUCAACAGCAACAAUAAUGGCAAUUGUGGUAGCAAAACAUCAGCACUAGUUCCUAAAAAUCGUUCCAAUUUAACACCAUCAUCAUUAUCAUCAUCAUCAACAACAACACAUAAUACGAAUAAUGGAAAUGAUAAUGAUGAAGUUGAUUAUAAGAAAGUCAAUUCAUUCAAAAGAGCAACAUCGGCACCACCGGUUAAAAGAAAUGCCAUUCUUAAUAAAUUACCACCAAGUAAUUCAAAAUCUUCUGGAGCAGCUGAUGAAGAAAUGUUUAUGAAUGCAUUCGAAGAUGUUUCUAGGAUACAGAUAUUUUCUGUCAAAGAUUUGGAACAAGAAUUGAAUCGAAUAAGAGAUAUUUGUUCGAUUCCAAAUAUGGAAUGGGAAAAACGUAUCGAAUGUUUAAGAAAAUUUCGUUCACUAUUAGUGGCUGGCGCAGCUGAUUAUGAAGAAUUUUAUCUAUAUCUGAAACCUCUCGAAGUGCCAUUUCAAACAUCAGUCAAGGAUUUAAGAUCACAGGUUGUUCGUGAAGCUUGUAUAUCAAUAGCUUAUUUGUCUCAACGUAUCGGAAACAAAUGUGAUAGAUUUGCUGAAGCACUGCUUCCAACUUUGAUCGAUUCAAUACAAAACAGUGCCAAAAUUAUGUCAAGCUCAGCUGUGGUCGCUAUUCGUUUUGUCAUUCAACAUACCCAUACAAGUCGAUUGAUUCCAAUAAUCACAUACAAUAUAUCUUCAAAAUCAAAAGAAAUUCGAAAAGCAUGCUGUGAAUUUCUCGAUCAACUAUUACAUGCAUGGCCACCUCAUUGUCUAGAAAAACAUGUUGGUGCUUUAAGUGAAGCAAUCAAAAAAGGAAUGAGCGAUGCUGAUCCAGAAGCCAGAGCAUUGGCUAGGAAAGCAUUUUGGGGAUUUGCCGAUAAAUUCAAGGCCGAAUCUGAUUAUCUUCUUAGUUCAUUAGAUUCAAGUAAACAAAGAAUGUUACAAGGUGAACAAAUGUCCAAUUGGAGUUCAACAAAUUCGCUCAAUAAAGUUACUACCUAUUCACGGCCAUUAACAAAUCGAACCAAUUCUGUAUCGACCAAUGGUUCAAUUGAAAGUAUCAAUCGUCAUUUUAACAAUAAUUUGAUUGCAAAACGUUCGGCUAUUCCUGUUCAUUCAUCAACACCACGAAAUAAUUCAUCAUCUUUAAAUCGAACGCCCGUAAAAGCAACUAGUGCUAUAGAUAUUGAUGCACAACGAAGAGCUAGAGCUAAAGCUAAUGUUUAUUCAAAUUCACAUCAUCAUCAUACCAAUAAUAAUAAUUACCACCAUCAACCAAUAAUAACAACAACAACAACAUCGACAACAACAACAACAACCAAAGCGUUUCUUAAUUCAGUAAAUAGUUUAAACCAUAAUGCUAAAAAGAAUGAUGUCACUGAUGGUGGUAGUAUUAAUUCAGCAAUAGUAGCUACAAAUAUGCGAACAUCGGUUCGUCGAAAUCGUCAAGUAUCGAAAUCACAACCUGGAAGUCGUUCAGCAUCACCAUCAUCACGUAUGAAUACAUUUGGUAGUGGUGGAUCAGGCACCGGCAAUAUUAUUCAGACUAAUUCUCGUUAUCAAACACCACCAUCGUCGACAAGAACAAAAAGAACAAAUAUCACUAGCCGUGAUCAAAGUCCGGCAAGCCGUACAAAUAAUAGUAGCCAUUCACAACGAUUCGAACGAAAAUUGAGCUCUAGCUCGACAGCUAGUCGAACGAAAAGUCAUCUUACCAGUUCCGAUCUGGAUCUAGCUCAUAACAAUAGGAUAUUACGGCCAAAUCAACAUGAACAAAUGAUUGAAAAUGCUUUUCUAAUGCAUUCAACACAUAAGAAAAAAUUCUUUGAUGAACAAUCCGAUGAAAGUGAUGCAUCUAGCAUCUGUUCUGAUACAUCGUUUGCAAAUUAUGGGAUUCGUAAAGCCGAAGACAUUGGUAAAAUAAUGGAAAAUCUUUCCAGUGCACAUUGGUCUGAUCGUAAAGAUGGUUUACUUGGUCUAAAUAAUUUUCUCCAUUAUACGGAUGAAAGAUUGAAUUCUUUUCAAUUGAAACGAAUCACAGAUAUUUUUACUAGAAUGUUGGUUGAUCCUCAUACUAAAGCAUUUUCAUUAUUUCUCAAUACAUUGAACGAAUUGAUUCAUAUAUACAAGAAUGAUCUAAAUUCCUGGCUCUAUAUUCUGAUGACAAGAUUAUUUUUAAAAGCCGGUAGUGAUACCAUUAUACGGGUCAAGAUUUCCGUACUACAAUAUCUUUCGAAGCUUAUUUUCCUUAUGGAUUCUUCUGAUUUUACCUAUGAUCGUCCCAAUAACCAUGAAAUUCAAACGGCAUUGGUCAAGAUUGUUUCAUGGACAGCUGAUAUAAAAAGUUCUGAUUUAAGAAAAAUUUCUCAAGAUACUAUUGUCGAUCUAUACAAUCUUAAAUCGAACGAAAUGACCCUAUAUCUAAAUCAACUUCGUAAAACUUAUUAUGAUGCAGCUAUGCAGAUCAUUCAACAUAAACACAAAACCCGUCUCAGUCAAUCAUCAGCAUCGAAUAUGAUGCAAACACCUUAUAUUGUCAAGAAUAUCUCGUCUGGUGUUCAUCAUCAUAAUCAUCAUCAUCAUAACAUUAGCGGUGAUAAAAAUUUCUUUGAUUCGAGUGAUCACCUUAAUCCAGCUGAUAUUUAUGAUUCGCUGAAAAAAACUUCUGAUGAGAUUCAAAAAUAUAGCUUCAGUUUAGAUACUGACCAAAUGACAUCGUCGACGAAUUCAUCGACAUUUGUCAAUAACAAUGGACCUGUCAAUAGCAAUCACAAUGGUAAUAACGGUGAAAAUCACCGACGUAUCGAUGCCCUUUCGAACGUAUCGCUGGAUUCAGUAAUCAGUCCAAAUUCGAUUUCGAUACAGGAUUCGUCAUUAGCAUUCAAGUCAUUUAAACUGGUGGAUAGUAGCUUCAACACCAGUAUGGUUAAUUCACCUAAUACUACGGCCAAUGGAUUUUGUGAUUCACCACUUUCAACCUCGAUCACUAAUGGUCAUCAAAACUUUGAUAGUUUCGUUGCCAAUUUCAACACUUCUUCAUCGGAUAUAAAUAAUGAAAAUUAUCAACAGAGUCUUGCGUUAAUGACUCAAUUUGUCAAAGAUUCAUCACAAGAAGAAAUUACAUCGAAAUGUAAGGAUAUCUACCAAUCGUUGCUAACACGAUUACCAAACGAAAAGAAUUCCCAAUCCAAAACAUCAAUGUUAAUUUGUAUGGGUCAAAUUUUGUUCAAAGCAACUAAAUCAGCAUUUGAUGAUUCGAUCGAACUUUCGUUACAAACAUUAAUGGAAAUCAUUUGUAAAGAUGAGGAUAAAGAAGUGGUAAAAAAUGCCGAAGCAACGGCCAAUUAUGCCAUCUAUAACUUUGAUUCAAGAACAAGUUUUAAAAUUUUACAAUCAUACAUUAACCACGAAGAAAGUGCAUUGAGUAUCAUUUCUAUUAAAUUGUUGACUAAGUUGGUAGAACUGAACGAAAAGGAGAUUGUUAUGGAAUUAUUACCCGAAUUAAUGCCACUAUUGCUGCAGGCCUAUGAUAAUAAAGAAAGUGCCGUAAGAAAAACAGCAGUAUUCUGUAUGGUGGCAAUCUAUGGAUCGGUUGGUGAUCAGAUGCAAUCAUAUUUAACCAGUUUAAGCCGUAGCAAAAUAAAAUUAUUAAAACUUUAUAUCGAUCGGUCAUUUCAAACAUCAUCCGGGAAUAGUAAUGAUAAUACUAUUAAUAAUAAUGUCGGUUAUCAUGCAUAAAUUUUGCACCAUUCAAAUUGAUGAAUCGCUUUGUAAAAAAAAAAAUAUUUUUUCCAUUGUUUUCAUUCAUUUUCACAUUUA